AAGCGAAGCUCAAGUCAUGAUAACUUUUUCUAUUCUUUAUUAGUUAGUUAAUUGUGAUUAAUAAAUUUCGUGUUUCUUUUUUAAUUUAGUGUUUAAUUAAUUGUUUUUCUUCUCAACUUCUUUUCUAAUUAAUCACUUGUUGACAUUUCUUAUUUGUCUUUUCACCGAUCAUGAAUUCCAAUUGAUGUAAUUUCUUCUCUUUUUUUUGGAGAAUAUUUUUUCUUUUUUUUAUUCUCUUCUAUUAUCUCUCCAUUUCUCUUAACCAGUAAAAUCUUUUCUCUUUGUGUAUACAAGUCUUUUUACCUUUCAUUUUUUCUCUUCACGCUGUGACCAAAUAUUUUGUUCUCUUGUGUCAAAUGUCUUGGCACUUUUAAAAGCUCAUUCAUUCGUAUAAAAAUCACAUUAUUUCAUCAUCAUCAUUCACCAUCAUGGAUCUUAUGGAUCAAUUUAUAAACUCAUCAAUAGCCAGCCCUGGUGGAGAUUAUAAAAUAUCAUUGGCUGCCAAAUAUUUUCACCAAGUUCCCCACAAAGAUAUUCACUUUAAUUGGGUUAAUGCAACAUUUGAUUUAAAUGAUAACCAAUAUCAAGAAGCCCUCGGCAUUAUUGUGGCCAUUCCUGGUUUUUGGUUAAUCUUAACCCUUCUUUUCUUUCUCAUCUUCUUCCUUUGUCGAUGCUGUGAUGUCAAUUCAAAGAAGAAGAAAAAGUUGACCUGCUGUAAAUGCUUCCUUUUCCUUUUUACUAUUCUUUCAAUUGCAGUAAUCACUGUGGGCCUCUAUGGUAAUUAUGUGACCCAUGAAGGAAUGGUGAAAGUACAAAAUUCAACAUCAAAAAUUGCUCAAGAUAUAAAUGAUUUAAAUUCAUUAACUGCAAUAGUUGAUACCAGCCUGGAAAAGGAUAUCCAUGACAAUUUAAAUCUUUCACUAAAUCGGGUUACUGGACCCAUAAUGAAAAAUUAUACUCUUGUCAAUUUUAUUCAUAGUAAAAUUGAGGAAAUGAAGCGUAAUACCAACUCGGCAAGCUCAAUUAUCACCGAGAUGCGAGGUAAAGUUUUCAAUGAAGCAAAUUUUGACCAAAUUGAAAAUCUCAAUGUUCCCGAGAAAGAGAUGAUUCGUACCAUGGCUACUUGGGCAACCCUCAUAUCACUUCUUUUCAUUGGUUUGAUUCUCAUGUGUGGUGUUUGUCGACAUUCACGAUGCAUGUUAAUCUUAUUUUCCGUCCUUGGUUUACUUUCACUUGUAAUCUGUUGGGUUUUAACAUCAAUCUACAUUGGUUUUUGUGUUGCUGUUUCUGAUUUCUGUAUGGACCCAAAACCUUUCAUUUACAAAUAUCUUCCAAGGGAAACACUUUUACUCAAUUAUUACAUAAAAUGUGAUCCAAGAACAACUGAAAAUAUUUACUUCAAACAAUCAAAUGAGAUUUUAAUGCAUUUGGACAAAGUUGCCAGCAACUAUGAAGAAAUAAUGUCUCAAUGUAAAUCAAAUUGUACUGAUUCAAUGUUCAAACAAUAUAUGGGUAAUAUUCAAAAAGGUAUGAGCAAUAUACGGAAUAAAACGGAUAUCUUUAAUAAACACUCACACUGCCAAGGAAUCCAUGAAAGUUAUAAACACACCAUGAACCAUUCAUGUAAAGAUGUGCUGGAAGGUGUUUCCCUUAUGUUGGCCUCUUCUUCAGUGACUGGCCUAAUAUUUACCCUCCUUGUCCUCUGUGCUUCCCAUACUUGGAUUAACAUUCGUAUCAAAAGAAACAAGACAAUGACCGGAGAUGCUUCCGAGGAAACAGCGCCAUUCUUAGCUCCAGCCUCAGCAUCGUCCACCGUAUCCUCAUCAACUGGAAAUAUCAAACGCACCAGAGAUAAUUAUGCUGCUGCUAGUGGCCCAUCAUCAAGACCAAGAUACAGUCACACUCCACCUCAGACUCCUCAUUUUGUACCUGGCCCCAAUUAUAUGGCUAAUGCACCACCACUUGGACCCCAGUCAACAAAUGGUAGGUCUGUUAACCGGGACGAACAGUUAUCCUUUUUAACACCUCCUCCUUCAUAUGAACAAGUUGGACAGCAAGGUCUUCAAGGACACCAAAUGCAACAUCACCAUGGUCAUCAACCUCUUGGGCAGCCACACUAUGUUAGGAACACAUCAUUUCCAACUUUCCAUGCUUGAUCCAGAAAAACACCAGAAAACUCUCAGUGAUUUGAAUUAGAUGGAUUUAUAUUGAUUAUCCUUUUGGUUUAAUAUUAAAUGUGAGCUGUAAAUAUGUUAAAUAAUUUAACGAAUGUGAACAAACUGUACAACAGAUUAGUGUAUUUAUGUGUCAACAGAAAACUGUCAACAUGAGAUUUACUUGAAUGUAAAUUAUAUUCUCAAUGUGUUAACAUGAUUCUCAAGUUUUAUGAUGAAAUUUUGUGAGUCGAGUGAGAGAUUUACAAAGGAGAAAGAUAGAGAAUUGAGAAAAUGACAAUUAUUAUUAAGGAUUAUCAAAAAUCAAGGCGGACAAUGAUUUGGUGAUGAGAGCAACUCAGGCGACCAAAUUUUAAUCCUGUCGAAGAGCAUCCCCAUCAUCUUGAUCCUCAUCCUUUUCUUUCCUUCUCUUUCUCUUUUUUCUCUCUUUCCUCCUCCUCAUCAUCUUCUCUUCAAUUCAUCCUGAGCAUCAUCAUUAUCAUCAUGGCGAAGUCAGAGCAGAAAAGAAGCAAUAGAAAAGGAAGAAGAAAACAAAUUCAUUCUUCAAAUGGAGUAACGAAAAAAGAAGAAGAAAAAAAGGUAAACAAUCAAUUCUAUUUCUGUGUUAAUCUUGUUUUCUAUUCUCUCUCCAUCCUCUUAUUAUUUUCAUUUUAUUUCUAUUUUAUUUAAAUUAACUUAAUUUUCUAUUAUUCUCUUUUCGCCAUUUUUUUUUCUUUUCUAUUUAGUUUAACAUUUAAUUCACUGUAUAAUCAUUUUACAUGUUAACCCACCAAACGAUUUGAGAGAGAGAAAGACUUUGGAUGCUUUGAUAAUGGUCGAUGAUGAUGAUAACUUUUCUAUUCUCAUUAUGUUUACUAUUAUUAUCAUUUCCAUCAUCAUCUUUAUCAUCAUUAUCAACAUUUGAAACUAUGUUUACAUGUUUGUCCACGAUUUUUGUUAAAAAAGAACCAGAAUCCAUAACAACUUUUCCUUUUCCUUUUUUCCACUUCCCAUAAUCUCCACUCCCAAAAUCUUCCUCUUACAACAUAUCCCAUAGUGAACAUUUUCUCUUCCUCAUCUUUCCUCCUUCUUUUCCUCCCAAUUAUUGAUCUCUUCGUGUGCGCAUCACUCUCAUCAAUCCAUUCGCCAGCAUCCUCAUCACCCACUUCGCCCUCAUCCUCAUCUCUCUCUCUCUCUCUCUCUUUCCCUUUUUGUGCUUCUUUUUUCUUCUUUUCCUGAUAACCUUUUUCCCUUAUCACUAGAGGCACCUUUCAUCAUCAUUAUCAUCUUAAUCAUUAUCACAUUCCACAAAAACUGUAAAUUAGCAUCAUCAUCACUUCAUCACUAUUUGGAUACAAUUGGAAUCUCAGUAAAUGCAAAAAAAAAGAUAAAUUAACUCAAUGAACAAAAUAGACUAGAAAAUGAUAGAAACAUAAAGACAAAAAUUAAUCAGAAAAAAAUAUUAUCAUGAUAAUUUUUUUACCUUUUCAAAGCAAAUAAUUAAUUGUAUUUGUGUUAAUUAACAAUUUAAUUGACAACACUGUUGAAACACAAAUAUCCAAACUGAUGUCUAUUGAAGAGGAGAGUUAAUUGUCCACUAGAUCAGUGAUUAAUUUUAACGUUCACAAUCAUCACAAUUGAUUUUCCACUAAUUUAAUAGUCAUCCUUAUCUCUUUCUCUAUCAUCAUCAUCAUCACCUCAAAUCCACCCACAAGUUAAUGUCCAUCUUGAUCUAAUCCCUGAUGAUCAAUAUCCAAAGAGUAAACAAUUAAAUUCAAUGAUAUUUAUAGAAGAUCCAAAUUAAGUUGAUUGUUUACAUUUAAACUACUAGGAAAAGAGGAGAUUCCCAACAAACAGGAAGGAAGACUAAUCCACUACGUUGAUUGUUUGUCAUUGUAACCGUACAACUAAUAGUUUACAUGAUCAACUGUAAAUUUAUUUGAUUAACGUCAUCCUCGUCUCUCUCUCUCUCUCUCAUCACCAUGAUCACAAUUGAUGAACUUCCUGAAUAAAAUACACCUCAGAUGGAUACCUUUAGACACAUUGACAGUACUUUGUUUACUUUGUGAUGAUUAGUUGUCAACAUGAAAAUAUUUUCUUUCUCUUUUCUUCCUUCAUCAUCAUUUACAAUCAAGUAACCUGAUGCUUUCAUAGUUAUCACCAUCAUCAUCCUCAUCAUUUUCAUCAUCAAUAUCAAUAAUUGUAAUAACGAUAAACAAUCAUAUUCACUACUGAAUUUAUGGAUUACACAUUGACACACAUUUGGCUCAGUUACCGUCUUUCCUUUUCUUGUCUUCUGGUCAAGGAAUCAAAUUAAGUUAUCGCCAUCAUCAUCAUCAUCCUCAUCAUUAACUCAAUUAAUAACAAUAAUACACCAUAAUUGCCAAUCUCACCCAACAUCUUACCAUCAACAUGAUCAAACUAAUUUGAUCAACAACACAAAUACACUCACAGUAAAAGCAAAUCACUUUCAGCUCAUAUUCAUUGUUUGCCAAAUCUUUUAAUUUUAACAACAACAAACCAUCAUCAUCAUCAUCAUCAUCAUCUUCAAAUCAUUAAACUGGAUUAAUUAAUUAAUUAUCAAUGAAGAAGAAAUUUUUUUUCGAAUUCAAAUUGUAGAUUGAAAACUUUUCCCUUUUUGUUUAUCACUAAUUAACCAGAAAGAGAACCAGAAAAACCCAAAUUCACCAGAAAAUUAAACCAGAUAAAGUUUUGAUUGUUUAUAUAAAA